AUGUCUUUUCACAAUAUGUUGUACUCAGGAAUUUUGGUAGUUUCGCUACUCAGCGGUAGUUACACUUCACCUUUAAAGGGAUUUUCGUUUCCUGCUGCAAAACAUGAGCAUAGAUUUGAAAGGUGGUUGCAGAUUAUUCAUAAAGAACAUUCAUUUGACACUAUACUUGUGGCUUAUUCAAACUCUAGCCUAGAUGUUAGAUUGGAAGGCAUUUUGGAAUUUCCCAAGCCCAAAGUUUUGUUAACAUCAACUCAAGGAUUUGCUUACCACAAGCUAUACAAUUCGGAAAUUUUAGUGAUAAUCUCCAUGACACACAAAGUGCAGGAUGAUUUAACGCAGAAUGCAGCACAAACAUUGAAUUUUAUGCGACAUGUGAGAAUUUUCCUAGUGGCCUUGGAUGUUCUCAAUCAAAAGGAUUUUCAAGAUAUUUCCUUGGGAUUAUGUCACAAACACCAAAUGACAAAUGUCCUAUUGAUAUUUCUAUAUGAGUUAAAAGAAUGGCCUAGUCAUUAUUAUCAACUGAAGCCUUAUCCUGUAUACCAUUGGCUAAGGAUUGCCAAGAAUCAAACAACCAAAGAUUACUUCCCCCCUCAUUGGCAUAACAUGCAAAAUGUUACGAUUAGAACCUACAGCGAUCAGUCAAUUCCAAAGUCCUUUUUGUACUUGGAUGCAGAGGGAAAUCUAAAAACUAAUGGCUAUGUGGCUCGCUUGAUUUUACUAUUUGCCCAACACUUCAAUGCCAGUCUGCAAUGGUAUAAACCACCAAAAUUAGGAGAAGUUAGUCACUUCAUCGCGAUAAAUAAAUUGGUGGAUGACAAUUUGAUAGAUAUACCCAUGACCAUGGUGGUGUCAGCAACAUUGGGCACUGACGAAUGGCUACAUCGCUCAUAUUUUUAUCAAGUCGAAAAUGCCAGGCUAAUAGUGCCCUGUGCCCAGCAAUUGACUCGCAAAGAGGUGUUCAGCGUCUUAUUGGAUGUGCGUUUCUUUGGAUUGAUCAUCUUCUGCACCGUGCUCUUCUCGCUGCUACACUCUCUAGUGGACUACGUCUUCGAAGGCAUUAUGGUAACUUCGAAUGUGCUGCUCAGUGAUAGAGUUCUACCUGCCAUUUUGGGUCAAUCUUUUGUGGCUAGAAAUUCGCCCUGGAGUGUUUUGAAAUUGCUUUACAUUCUUUUAUCCUUCUUGGGUCUCAAUAUUUCCACUCAAUUUUCGGCUACCAUGAACUCACUGUUCACCAGUCAUCCUUAUCAUCAACAAAUCGAAACAAUGACUGAUAUACGCGACUCGGCCUUGAAAAUGCAUAUCUUAAAAAGCGAUCUCAAUCUUAUGGGUGGCACUUUGCUGCCCAUAUUUAGAUCUUUGAUUACCAGCGAUAAUGAUACUCAAUAUCAUGAAAUGCGCCUUAAUUUUAAUACCUCAACCGGGUAUUUUACUUCCUCUAGUUUCUGGCGAUUGUUGGAGUUAAAGCAGCAGCACUUUAAACAAAAGUUAUUUUGCAGCUAUGAAAAUAUGACUGUUUAUCUUCUGCUGCCUUGGGCAAUUCAUCUGCCACCGAAUUCGCCAUAUAAAAAACCCAUGGAUUAUCUGGUACAGCAAGUCAAUGCCAUGGGUUUGGUGGAUGCAUGGUAUGCGAGCACAUUUAACGAUAUGGUGAAACAGAAGAAAAUCGCUCUCUUUAAUGUGAAUGUCGAAGAUAAGGUUCAAGCAAUGACUGCAAGCGAUCUCUACUGGACCUGGAUCAUUCUGAUAAUAGGAUUGAGUAUGGGCAUUGCGGCAUUUUUGGCAGAACAUUGGCAUAACAAGGGGACUAGAUUCUCAGAUUAA